CUGACGUUGUUGUUGGUGUGUUGGUGUCGUUCGUCGGCAAGUUUCGCGUGUCGCUUUGAUUUCGACUGUGUCCUGGUUUUAUCGGUGUAUCCGGAAGUACUUUCUGUGUGUCAGACUUUCCCCACAAGUUUCUUAGUGUUAGUUUUCCCCCGGUGUCAGUUGUGAACUUUUAUCUCGUACCCCCGUCUGGUGUUAUUUGACCCACUAAACAUAGUCUGCCGGCUCAAUCAAUGGCCAUGCUUUUAACACCUCCCUGAACGGCUGAACGCCUCUAAGAACUAUAUCACGCAUCACAGCUACGUGUUUCAUCAUUAGUGUGACAGCAAUGCCUUCAACGUGGACGCACUGAAAAUCCAAGUGUAUGAUUGUCGCACACUUGCAGCUUGCAGGUGCGAGCCCGACCAGCAUGUGGUGCCGGCGCAACUCGGGGCCGCCGCCCGCCGACGUGACGGAGGCCAUGGAGGUGGUGGACACUCAGGGCAACUGGAGGCCGCGGGGCCCGCUGCCCGGCGGCGCCGUGCCGCGCAGCCCGCUGCCCACCCGCUGCCAGAUGGUCAAGGCCGAGCGGUCGCCGCUGCUGGGCCAGCUCGGCCGGCCGCCGGGGUCGCCGCAGCCCAUCCGCAGCCAGCCCGUCUCCCUCAUGAACUCGCCCAUGCUGCAGCGCGUGGGCGGCGGCAUGGGCGGUGGCAUGGGCGGCGGCAUGGCCAGCCCCAUGGGCAGCCCGCUGCCCGUCCGCAGCUGCCACGCGCACUCGCGCGGCUGCCAGUCGGCCAACAGCUCGCCGCUGCCGAUGCGCCACGCGCGCGCCGCCCACCUCGGCGGCGGCAUGGGCUCGGCCAUGGCGCUGCCCUCCUCGGCCACGGCCUCGCCCGCCAGGAGCAUCCGCAGCGUGGCCUCGGCCGCCUCGUCCAGGGGCGCCUCCGACUCGGACCUCACCGACCUCGGCGACGACUGCAGCGAGGCGGCCGACCUGAGCGCCGCGGCCGGCGAGGGAGUCGCCGAGACCAUCGUCGACGGCUGGUGCAAGUUCCGGGACAACAAGCGGUGGAAGCAGCGGUUCGGCGUCGUCAGCAAGUUGUCACCAGCAGCAGAUUGUCUCCACCUGCAGCUCUACCGAGACAGCAAGGACCGCUGCAAGCUGGGCCACACCAAGGCGUCGCUGUCGUUGCAGCACUUCCUGGGAGUUGAGACUGGUUUCACGCUGGACAAGGAGUCCAACACGAUAGCUAUCUUAUGUCAAGACGUCACCGUCAUCUUGGCCUUCGAUACGAGGGAAAGACUGAUCCAAUGGCAAGUCAAAAUUGCCAACAACUUAGGAGAAGACCAACAGUUCCUGAUCCAAAUCUCGUCUGCGCCGCCCAAGUCCAAGAUCCAGCCCGGGCCGGCGCGCCUGCACGUCCAGGAGCUGCGCUUCUGCCUGACGAGCGGCGUGCCACCCAAGCUGCAGGGCUGCUGGGAGAUCGCGCACCUCAGCUUCGUCAUAACUCUGAUGUUCUGCUACUUUAGACAACAUGCACACAAUACACAACAGCCCUCGUGCCUUCUCAGUUGGGACAUUACAAUGGUCAAAAUAAAUAUGCUGUUAUAA